GUAAAACGUUUGAUUAUGUAGUAGUCUUAUCAGAUUUUUUUUUCUUUCUUGGAUUUUCAUUCUUGCAAUGAGGCGAACAACUCUAGGGCCUCUUAACAUAGGGAAUCAGAGCAGACCCGUUGCUCGGGAAAAGAAAACUUCUCUUGGAUCGAGAGCUUCAUUAGGAAAUAGGACAUCACUUGGUAGACCUUCGACGUCGGGGAGACCUUCGCUGGCAAGUGCAAGAUCCGCGACUGGAAGGAGACCGUCUAGCCAGUAUGGAAGGGAAAACUGUGUUCAGAUGAAAGAUCCGCGGCCACUCUCUGAUAGAGGUUACCAGCAAAAAAUGAUCAGAUAUUUGAUGGAGUUCCUGACAGAGUUUCAUUAUCCACAUCAAAUUUCCAUGAGAAUUCUGAGUGCUCCUUCUACAAAAGAGUUCUGCAACAUUUUCCAGUUUCUUUACAAGUACAUGAAGGCAGGCACUCAGAAAAACACUUUGCUGGAAUCCAAGCCAGCAGAGGAAAUCCCAAGGAUUUUCAAGAUGUUAGGUUAUCCUUUUACAAUUUCAAAGAGUAACUUGCACUCUGUUGGAAGUCCUCAUGCUUGGCCCAUGGUGCUUGGUGCACUAUGCUGGCUUAUUGAACUUAUUAAGCAUGCCAUGAGUGUUGGUCAGGACAUUGAAGGUCAUGUUAUGUUCCCUGACGACAAUUAUGGAGCUGGUGAGGAAUACCAAGACGGACCACAACCAGAAGACAAGUACUUUUUUAGGUAUUUGGAGAAAAGUUAUGCUGCUUUCAUGAUGGGUACAGAACUUGAUGAACUGGGAGAAUUUGACAAUGAGUUUUUUGACAACAUCCGAUCAAGAAAUGCUGUCUUGCUUGAAGGAAAUGAAGACCUGAUGAGAGACAGUCUGAUGCUAGAGGAAGAAUUGAAUGCACUGAAAAAUGAUUCUUCACGUCUCCAAAGGUUGGCUGAAAGAAAGAUAACGUUAACCUCUGAUAAAGAAAAGUUUCAGAACUACCUGGGAGACUUGGAGAAGAGUACAAAACAGUUGGAAGAAAAGAAUGACCAGCUUGUUGAGGAACUGAGAGGACUAAAAGUGGAACAAGAUGCCAUAACACAAGAAAAUGCAAGUCUUCAGCAAACUCUAAACAACCAGGAGCUGAGUUCUGCAGAUGUUGAAAGGAUGAAGCAUGAGAAAAAAGAAUUACAGAAGGCCAUAGAGCAACAAGAAAGGGAGAGAGAUUAUUUUAACCAGCAGAUCUGGGAAAAAGAGAUGCAAUUUGCAAAAAAACAUGAAGAGACUGAGAAGCAUGUCCGAGAAUAUAAUGAAAUGGCAAGGAAUUUGAAACUGAUUCCACCCUCGGCAGAAAAUGCAAAUGGUAUUGAUUUCGAGAUGCACUUCAAUCCACACUCACAAAGACCUGACCAAAGAGCUCACAUGGACUUCAAGGGAACCAUUAAGCCUGCCCUCCUUCAUCUCAAACAACAAAUCAGUGAGAAGAGUCGCACCACUCAGUCUCAGGUCAUUACUGAAGAGGAAGCAUUUGAUCAGAUAAGUGAGAUGGUGACAGACAAACAAGAGGAGGUGACGGCUUUAGAGGGCAAACUGCAAGUGCUGGACAAGGAGUUAGACUGGAAAAAAGAGAUAAUGGCAAAAGAGUACCAGAAAACUACUGGAGCUUCACAGGGUUUAGAGGAAAGUGUCCAACUGAUGAGAGAAAAAGUUCUAGAAUCUGAAGAGACAGUGGAGGACAAAGAAAGCACCCUGAAGGGAAUUAAACUCAGGGUGGAGCAAAGUGCAGUUGAGCAACAGAAGGAGAAAGAGGAAUAUUCUUACUUCAUACUGAAGGCAAGCCACAUGAUCAUGGAACACAAGACUCUUAUUCAGAAUCAAAUUCAUGAACUUCUGAAGCAAGCAGAAGAAAUUCAUGAGGAAACAAAACAGCUGGAGAUUCCUAAAACAUCAAUACAGAUUCCAGAACAAAAAGGGGAAAAUUAAAAUACAAGCUCAGGAAGAGUUUUUCCUGUUACUGUUAUUUGAAUUUCUAGUAUACAUGUCUAAGGCAUUGUCUUAUAGAAACAUGUGUUAAGUUUAGAGCACAUUUUCCUUAACUUUUUUAAAUAACUGAACAACACACUGAGUAUUUUUUGUUGUCAAGGAAAGUGUAAAAUAAUGCUUUCACAAGUUCCCCUCCAGAACCUCUCCUCAGCUCUAGCAUGGAAUUUGAAACUGCCUUAAUCAUUCUUACAUUAUGUGGUGCAAAUGGUUAUCUGGUUUGUAUAGUUAAUCAUUUGCACCAAGUGUUUUAGUACAAAAUGCAAUAUCUGAAAACCUGUAGUUGUUUGUGCAAGUUUAUCAGGAAAGAUUUCAGUCUAUGUAAACUAAACAACUUAUUGCUUAUACAUAUCAUCCACUCAUUCUUAUAGGGCAGCACUAAAUUUGACUAAGUAUCAGAAGUCAAAUCAAGAAUUUGAUGUACAGAGUAUGUUGUCUUCUGAAGGAAUAAAAAUUGUCUUCAUUU